UUUCAGCUAUAAGCCUGCCAAGCCUACACGCAAAAGCAAAGCAGCCGUCCCCGAGAAGACGGGAGAGGAGGGCCAAGGGGAGUGGAAGCCGGCCAUGACGCUGCUGCAGCGGUGGUCCUCGUCGGUGUGGACCGUGAGCAGCAGCGGGCGGCUGCUGUGGGCGGACAAGGCGUGGCGGGCGCACGCCGGGAUGGCCUUCGUCCAGAUCGCCUACGGCGGAUACCAUGUCCUCACCAAGUCCGUCCUCAACGUCGGCAUGAACCAGAUCAUCUUCUGCGUCUACCGGGACCUCGUCGCCCUCGCGCUCCUCGCCCCCGUUGCCUUCCUCCGCGAGAGAAGGGUGCGGCGCCCGGUGACCCCUCAGCUCCUCGCGUCAUUUGCUCUUCUUGGCUUCACUGGGAUCUUUGGGAACCAGCUCCUCUUCAUCCUGGGCCUCAGCUAUACCAACGCCUCCUACGCCGCGGCUUUCCAGCCUGCGAUACCGGUGUUUACAUUUCUCUUGGCUGCAAUUGUCGGUGUCGAAGUGAUCAACAUCUUCACGAAAGACGGAAUUGUCAAAGUUCUUGGCACAGCCGUGUGCGUCUCUGGUGCCGUUCUGAUGGUUUUCUACAGAGGCGCAUCCUUGAUUGGCCUGGGAGGCACCAAUGCAGUGGAUGAAAAUGUUCUGGCCGGCACUUGGAGCAGCAAUGCCUCUCCGGCUCAGUGGUUGACUGCAAACAUGCUACAAUAUGGCGUGGAAACAUGGCAUCUUGGUGUAAUAUGCCUUAUAGGAAACUGCUUCCUGAUGGGAGCUUAUCUUGUCAUACAGGCGCCGGUUCUGAUAAAAUAUCCUGCAAGCUUAUCCUUGACUGCUUACUCCUAUUCUUUUGCCACCAUCUUUAUGGUGUUAACUGGGGUAAUUGCAACCAAUGGGCUCCACGAGUGGGCACUAACAACAACCGAGAUCAUAGCUAUUGUGUAUGCUGGAAUUAUCGCAUCUUGUCUGAACUACGCAAUCAUGACUUGGGCAAACAAAAUUCUUGGACCUUCUCUAGUUGCCCUCUACAAUCCGCUGCAACCAGCAUGUUCUACUUUGCUCUCAACUAUUUUUCUUGGUACCCCAAUUUAUGUCGGAAGCGUUAUUGGUGGUGUCCUCAUCAUCGCCGGUCUAUACCUGGUUACUUGGGCUCGUUACAAUGAAGCACAGCGUGUGCUGACAACUGGUUAUUUGCAACCUCUUCUUGUUGAGGAUCCACCAGCCUCCAAGACAGAAGGAGGUUCCUUCAGUGGCUCCAUCGAUCCUUAGACCCCAGAGGGGCAGAUGGAUUGGCUCAAUUGUUUUCUCUAGGACAGCAGCAGAAGAUUUAUUUCCUGUAGUAGUACCAUUCAUGCCUACAUUCAUCCUUUUCAAGAUAUCACACUAGAAGGAAUGCGAUUACCAUAUAUAGCAUUGAACUAAGUUCCAUCGUCAGAAGACAUGCAGGAUACUGCGCUCAUAUCCUGAACAUAAGCUGGAACUUCUGGAAGUUGUAGCCAGCACUUUUUGUUCCCGGCAUCUCCAGAAGAGACCUUUGGCCAACACUGUGCAGUGGUCCUCCAGAUUCAACAGUUGUCUCCACAGAUCCAAGGCGAACAAUAUUACGGACAGCUUCAGUAAUGAAAGGUCCUUGCCUCAACCAAGUUCUCGAUGGAUUAUCAGUUUGGUAUUGUAAACAGUGUAUAUCACAUAUCUGUGCUUAUCAUCAUAAGCUACUAUAAGCAUGCUGGCAAUAAUAGCUUAACAACUUCCUGUUCAGUGCCAUGUAUAAACUGGAAAAACAGAUAUCAAUCUGUUAUCCCUGUUGCAUAGAUUCUGCUAUGAUCGCUUUUGUUAACUUGCAUUUAUAUUUAGCAACAGCAGAUUGUUCUUUGCCUGAGACCUGAAGCUGCAAUACAGUAAAGUAACUAUACUUAUGGCAAGACCUCC